AUUAUUAGUGCAUAUUUUUAAGAGCGUUGAUGCUUGUGCAUUUUCAUAAAAUGGCAAGAAGUUAAACAUUAUCAAAAAAAGACAAAAGAUCUCAGCAAUCAUCUGACAAAACAGUGGAAAAACACGUUGACGGCCAUUUGAACUUCAACGCUGAUGGACCUUUCCAGCUUUACUGCAAAGUGGACGUAAGAGUCUCAUCUUCUGCUGUAGGAAGAUGUCAGGUCAAGCUCCAAAACACACCAGCGAAGAGGACAACUCAGGAUCUGAUUCAGGGUCAGAAAUCAGUUUGGAGCCAGAGACAGACCGGUUUGGCUUUAUCCUGACCAAUGGAUCCACAUCUGUAAGUGUGGGUCCGUCCCCUGAGCUGGUCAGACAGAGGGAGGCCAAGUGGAUUAACAUCAUUGGGCAAUGGGAUCACAUCUUGUUGAAGAAAAGCAGUAAGGUCAAGGUGCAGUGUCAGAAAGGAAUUCCUGCAUCGCUUAGAGCAAAGUGCUGGUCUCUGCUGAGCGGAGCGUCCGAAAAGAUGGAACAGAAUAAAAAUCUCUACGAGUCCCUGGACUCACAGGCGGGUGUGCAGAGCUGGGUGGACAUCAUUGAGAGGGACCUGGACCGACAGUUCCCCUUUCACGAGAUGUUCCAGUCCAAAGAUGGACACGGGCAGCGUGGCUUAUUCCGGGUGUUAAAGGCUUACACCCAGUACCAGCCAGACGAGGGUUACUGCCAAGCACAAGGGCCGGUAGCUGCAGUGCUGCUCAUGAACAUGCCAGCUCAGGAAGCCUUCUGGUGUUUGGUGCAAAUCAGUGAGCAGUACCUGCCUGGAUACUACAGCCCUCUGCUGGAGGGAGUUUUGUUUGACGCAGCCUUACUGACUUGGGUUUUGAAGAGGACGUGCCCGGCUGCACACAAACAUCUGCAGCAGCACGGCGUGGAGCCCCUCAUGUUCGCCACCGACUGGCUGAUGUGUCUGUUCACACGUCACCUGCCUUUCAACACUCUCCUCAGAGUCUGGGACCUCUUCUUCUGCUAUGGUGUGCGAGUGCUCCUGCAGGUGGCAGUAGUGCUGGUGCGCCGGGUCCUGGGACGUGCAGAGCAAAGGAAGGAGUGUCAGGGUCAGGUGGAGACUCUAGAAACACUGAGGGGUGUCAAGGCACAAGUCCAAGAAGAAGAUGAUGCCUUCAUAGUAGAGGUGUGCUCUGUACCCCUCUCAGCCAAAGAUCUGGAGAAGCGAACAGAGAAGGAGCUAGGCAAGUGGAGGAAAGAGAGGCCCACAUCUAAAUUUGACCCUAGAGCCCGUUGCCAUGGAUACAGGAUGGUGUGGACAAGAGCUCGAGAGAAAAAAGCAGAAAAAGAAAAAACUCAAAAAGUCAAAGGGAACCUGACUCUGUCUCUCGCUCGCUCAGCCUCUACUCUUUCGCUGUCACCUUCCCUUCUUCGCAAAAAGUGGAGGAAAGUAGGAAAAGUCUCCACAGAUGACCCUGAAGGUGGUAAAAAAGUUGUGAGGCACCUUUCCAUGGGAGAAAGGGGCGACUGGAAAAACUGGACAGAUUUAAAUUCCGAGUUGGCAACCAGUGUUCAAGAAGAAGAGGAAGACUUCAUUUCAGAGGGAAACAAACCACAGAAUUUUUUCACAACAACAACAGAGCAAGAGAAACUCAAAACACCAAACCCAUCAACUGAGCACGCAGGAGAAAAAGUCAUCGUAACACUCACACCUCCAUGUGAAGAAGAGGAAAAGAUAGAGACAACCAGUCAGAGUCAAGUCCCGCAAGAGCAAAAAUAUGAACAAAUUUCCCAGGAAUCUGAAUUUGACAAGAAAAACAAGGAAAUAGACAAGCCGGAGGCAGAUGUUGAGCACAUGGCUUCAGUGGAGGACGACCACGCCGAGAUUCAGGGGGAAGCGGUGCCAGAUCCAAACACAGAGGUGCAGGAAAAUGUAGAUACCAGUCAGAUAAAAACCAAUAUAAAACAACAAAAAGAGGCAGAAGCUGAUAAUGUGGAGCAGAUACAGGUGGAUACAGUCACACAGACAUUGGAGACAAAAGACGAGAACGAUUUAGACUCAGAAGAAUUCAGCAAAGUAAAAGAUUCAGCUGCCAAAGACCUGAUAAAAGACACACAACAGGAGCAAGAAGAGCUGACAACAAAUGAAUUGAAACCUGCUCUUGUGGGACAAAACCAGAGUAGUGAGGCAUUAGCUGAGAUAGAAACAACAGAAACUGUUUCACAAGAUGUGAUUAUAGAGACCUCAGAGGAACCUGACGGGAUCCCAAAUGAAUCAAAUUCUGAACUAAUAGCAACAGAAAAACAAAUAGAUUCAGAAAAGGAAGCAGAGAGUGAAGACGACGCACCCAAACCAGCAUCACCUGAACAAAGAAAGAUCCCUGACCUCACAGAUGAUGCAGAGACGGAUCAAGAGGUUGCAGCUUCACCAAACAUAGAAACAUUUGUGGCUGAAUUUAUAAAAGAAAUAAUAAAAAAUGUUGUGGCUGAACUCUCAGAGACACAAAAAGAGGGAUGUAUUGUUGAUCAAAUAAAUCUAAAUGAAACACAAGGAGAAACAACGGAGGACAACGCAAAGUUUGUCGCUUUAAUGGAAGGUGAUGCAGCGAACCAAACCGCUGAGCCCGAGGACAAGACUCCAGAACAAGAACACACUCCUGACUUGCAAGCAGUGGAACAAUUGAACAGCCAGGCCACUUUGAGUGUUGCAGACCGGACGGAGAGCACAGAAAAAGUUGCAGAAAACACAGCAGCAGAGAACAAUUUCUUCAUGUCUACCCAGGAAACCCACGAAUCACCUCCAGGCAGUAUUCUACAGACCCAAGACCUAGAUCCAGACUCCAGAGAAAACCAGGCUGACUCUGAGAACCGCAGUCUGGAGAAAGGACUUGAGUAUCGCCGCAGCAGCAGGUCCUCCAGUGACUUUUGCAUGCGCCGGUCGUCUCACUCACAGGGGUCAAGGUUAGCACGCAGACUUUCUGAGGAUCUCUUCACCUCCCCAGUGAAAAGCAGCAGACCACAAUGCACCACUGAUCCCUCAAAACCAGAUCCUGGAACAGUAGAUGUAGUAAAGACAGAUGUAGAUGAGACAUCCGUGAGACUCCAGGAGAAGCAGCCAGACUAUCCUAAAGGUUUCGGCCUUCUGCGCAGACUGAGAGGGGAGAAGCCAAAAAACACCAAAGUAAAAAUGCAAGUGCCCAAAAUCUUGAUUCAAGAUUUCAGUGAUGAAACGGUGUCAGAGAGACUCAUGGACGGAGAGGUGGAGGGAAAAAUCAACUCCAGAGAGAGAAGGAGGAGGCGGAGAGAGAACGAAAGAAAGGAAAAAGAGGAGGAGAAGCUCAAGAAGAAAAAGGAGAAGCUGGAAAAAGGGAAGAAGAAAAAAGAGGCGAAAGCAAAUAGUUUUCAAGUGAAGACGGAGAACAGUAGCGGCGAUGUCGCUCAGCCUGCAAAGACUGGCUCACAUGCACUGACUUAUGCUGACUCGUAUUUCUGACAGGAAACAUUUUGAGUUGAACAUUAAUGAACACGUGAAAUCUUUAAAAGUAAAUUAUCUUUACACAUUUACUUGAAAAACAUUUAUUUGGUGGGAUUUGACAUCCUGCUUCUGCUUUACAUAUCAGACAUAUUGCAAAACCAAAAAAAUAAAUAAAUAAACAGAAGUGCUUCUUUUUCAGUUCUAUGUGAUCCCAGAUCAAAUCCAACAAGAACGCUGCUGGCCUCUCAGUAACAAACAGGGUCCAUGUAAGCCUCACAGCGGGCGAUAAAGGGGAGCAGCACAGUCCAAACUGCCACUUUUUUUUUUUAUUGAAGAAGUCCUCAGGUCGUGAUGCAGUAGCCUUUUCACAUCCCCUCUACCGUCACGUCUACCUGCAACUCCCUUGUCUGUCACCCCGCUUAAGAUUCAUCCUCACUGUCGCUGGCCAACACCUCCUGAGUCGUCACAGGUUGUGUACUAAUCUUGGGGGAUGGAGGAAACACGGAUCCAAAGAAAAGGGAUCGGAACUGUGAGAGGAAAAAAACACGAGACGUUAAAAAAUACAUCAUUUUCUACUACAAAGACAAAUAGUUAUUUUAAGUUGUUGAUUUUUCUGUAAAGGCCUAUGGAGAAAAAAAUAGAUAAACCAGUAAACACCCCCAUGCCAUGUUUGUAUAAUUAUUAUUUGCUUUAAUCAACACUCAAAAUUAAAUAAUAUGCAGUUAGAACCCUUGAUACAACAGGUCACAAGUGUUCUCUUUUUAGUGCCAGAGUAUCAAGAGAACUGUUAGGGAUUGGAAAUAAUCUGAGCUGCAUGCAGCACAAAACUAUGGUAAAUCUUGUUGUCAACAGUGGGCUUAAGGAGCUGUUACAUGGUGUGUCAGCAGACAGACUGAGCAAAUGUAGAGCAGUAAUCCCUCUAUGGAUGUACAUGUCAGAAUAAUCUGUGACAUCAGAGUAGAUGAAGUCUUUAGCAAUUUCUAUGUUUUCAAAUUUGUUUUUACCUGGUUGGUGUUCCAAACCAUGUUUUUGCUGUGUUUGUUGGAUUAAACCUGAUCUUUAAACCUGGAAACUCAAGUUAAGCUUGUGUGUGCAGUGAUUAAAAAAAAAAAAAAAA